GUGAUGCAUGUUGGGAGUGAUUAAGUUGCUCCAACAUGGCGGCUGCUGGCCUUUCAGUUAUUUCAUCUUUUAACAACGAAAACAGAAAUAUCUUGAAAAAUGACGAUCUACACAAAGCUAGAAGCAACAAAGCAGUCAAGGUAUGUAUUUGUGCUAUCGAUAAUGUACAAAAUAACGAUGUAUGGUGACUACAAAUGCACAAUAAAAGCCAGCAUAGUUUAUGUACUUGUUUUGUCACCGCUUCUUGAUUUUUAUAUGUCAAGACGGGUAACUCUACUACGUCUGUGUAUAAAGUUAGAUAUAUAUUAAAUUAAAAUAUUUUUUCUAACUUUAUUACUUUUCUAUUUUAACUACUUAAAAAUGCUAUAACUGAUUUUUUAUAGAAAAUUUAUUUAUAGAACUUUCUUGAUUAAUUUUCCAUGUGGGACGACCACUACUGACUACUACAUAUGAGUUAAAAUUUUCUCUGUUACGUCAUAUAAUGCCCUUUUUUGUCCUCUUCUUUAACAUUUUGUACUUUAAAUAUUGCUUUUAUAUUUAGAAUAUGUUUAGAAAAUAUAUACUGUCAUUAAUUCCAACAUAGCAACUAAAGUUGGCAUUUAUUGAUUUUAUUCUGUUAUUCAAUAAAAAUAACACCAAAGUGGACCAAGUGGUAAAGCAACAAGUAGGAAAUCUUUGUUUUGCUUUUAAUACCAUUAUCACUGCUUUAACAUAAUGAGGCUCUAAGCCUGCUGUGGUAUUGAAAGAAUAUUUGAUAUUGGUUGUAAAAAUAAUACCAAUUAAUGAUAUUGAUCUAUAUAGACAUUUUUAGAAAGUAAAAUGUAAAGCUAUUUCUUGAUAUGUUAUAUUAGCUUGUGUGUGUGACAAAAUGUUGUGCACAGUGUUUUUCUUGGCAAUGGGCCAUGCAUUCCAGAAAACAUCUGGACGCACCUCCCCCAUGGCACACAGACAGAGCUUAAAAAAUAAACACACAGAUGUACAAUUGUACGCCGAAAUUAGCUUCGCGUACGCCAAUAAUGGAUCAAGAAUUUCAGGCAAGUUAGAGCGCUGCAGGUUGUGAUAAGGUGGACUUCAAAGAUUUGGAUUCUUGCACUUCACUUGGUGGAAUUAAUAUUAGAAUGUUAGGGUUUGUAAUCCAAGUGAGUAUAUAUACAUUUUAAGACCUGACCAGGAACGACUGUGAAAAAUGCAGCACAAGGUCCUCUGGUAGGAAUUGAACCUACGACCCUGCCAUUCCGGUGCACACCCGGUUACCUAUAUAUACAUGAACUUAUGGUUACAGCUCAACAGCUGGUCUCUGUAGCUCAGUUGGUUAGAGCGCUGCACCGGAAUCGCAGGGCCGUAGGUUCAAUUCCUACCAGAGGACCUUGUGCUGCAUUUUUUGCAGUCUUUCCUGGUUAGGUCUUAAAAUGUAUAUAUACUCGCUUGGAUUACAAACCCUAACAUUCUAAUAUUAAUUCCACCAAGUGAAGUGCAAGAAUCCAAAUCUUUGAACCGUUACCCCUUUCUGUUUGCCUUAAAAUCCUUCAGAUAAUGAACAAACAUUCACCCCUGAUUCUGAAAUGUCCAUACAUUUAUAACAAUCAAACAUGAAACAUUGAUCCAGAAACAUUGAGUUCACCGCCAUCUUUAUUACGUCUUAAGGUCGUUUAAAUCCAGCAUUUCAUGUCUCUACAUCAAGUAAAAUUUGUGAAAGGCAGUCAAUUCAAAGUUGUUGAUACAGUAGUACACACAUUCAUCAAUUUAACUUGUGAAGAGAAAACUGUCAACAUUCAGGAAAACUUGCUCAUCACAGCUUUACACCUCAAGUAUCUGUAUAGAGCUGUAACACAGUGGUACCGCUAGGAUGUUACAGUAUAUAUGGGAGGGGGGAGGGGGCAACUUAAUAAUUUGUGAGUCACAAUUCUAGAGGGGUCCCGAGGACAUUGCUCUCCCUGUAAAUAAAAUUGAAUUUUGGAUAAAAUGUAAACUAAGGUCUUAAUAAACCACCUUUUUAGCAACUUGCGUCAAUUUAUUUCAUUUCAGAAUACUUGACAAUUGAAUUCAGUGGGUAACAUAGUCACAUAGAGCAUUAAUUAGAACAAAGUUCAGUAGAAACAAGGACAUAGCAAAGACUGUGUUAUUGGGAUGGAGGAGGGUGUAGGGGUGUAGGGGUUGAAUUACCUGAUUUUUAAAAUUAUGUUUUACUUACAACAAAGUUCACUUUUUUUUUUAAUUUACUGCACUAACAGUAAUAACAAACAUUAAUGAGCAAGGAUUGAGGAGAUUGAACUUUGGUAAUAACUAAGCUUUCAUUUGUCUUUCAACACCAGUGCCAUGUUCCAUUCUUACUUCGUAGUUGCCACUGACCAACAGGCAAAAGGUUGCAGGCAGCUCAGCAAGCAUUCAGGAAAAUAAAUUUCCAACUCUGCCUGACAAAGUGUCAGGUAACUGGACAUUUUGUGCCUGACAAAAAAUAUUAACACAAUAGAGCAAAAUUAAUAUAGUUUUUCGUGCUCCUUGAAAUAAAAGAAGCCAAUGUAUAUCAUACAGAAUCGAACAAUCAUAAAUUUCACAGCAUUUUCACAGGCAUGUUGUCUUAAUAUUUGUACGCGAUGAAAUUUGGACAUACACAUAAUUUUUAGAUGUGGAAUACAAAUAUUUUGAAAUAUAAAUGAAAUUUUUAAUGCCAGUUGUAGACAGUUUCACCAAUAGUUAUAGCCUGCGAACAGGCUCUCUUUGAACUCUUUAAUCCAAAGAGCCUGUUCGCAGGCUAAUAGUUGUAUUAAUAUGCUGCCUUUUUGUACCUGACAAUGUCCGUGACCGGAGGCUUAUUUUCAGGCUUGCAGCUCAGCAGUAUUGAAACAAUCAAUAUUUUUGUGACAGCUGAUUCCCAACAUUUUGACUAAUUAUUAUAGAAAACAAAUAUUUGUUUUUAAAAUUUGUUCUGCAUAAAUAUUUAUUUAGUUUUGUCAGUGUUGCAUAGUUUUUUACCACUUUGCAAUCACUGUAUGCCUGAUGAGUAAUCCAUUAAGUUGCAUUAUGACCUAUGCACUCUGCUUGUCUUUAUUAUUUUGCCCUGUCUAACGCCAAACACUGGUUCUCAAUGAGAUAAUACAUGAGAUACAUGUUACAGAUGUAUGUUGAUCAGUGGCGUAGCCAGAACGAUAAUUGGGGGGGGGGCACAUAUUCAUAUAUACGUGUUCUGCUUUAUUAAUUUCUUUUUAUGGUAUGUGAACACGAAUAUAUGAAUAUGGACCCCCCCCCCCCAAUUAUCGUUCUGGCUACGCCACUGAUGUUGAUUUCAUUUAUUUCAGAUGGAGAUUGAGAUUGACAAAAGUCAUGAGGGUAUACAGCAAUAUUAUGUGACAAAAAUUGAAGAACUUCAGGUGAGAUUAAUACUUUGAUUAGUGUAUAUUUAAGAUUUGAAACAGCUUUACCCGUACCAGUAUGUACUUCAUAUAAAAACAUUUUUAACUUUUUUGGAAAGCAUUCUGCUACUAUUGAGUCAACAGUACAUUUGAAAUAAACAUAUUUUGUAUAAUAAUGGCUAAAUGUUUGGUAUCAAUAUGAAAUAAAUACUGUUAGAGAUUGUAAGAAUUGGUAUUUAAUUAUAACUUGAAAGUCCAUGUAUUUUUAGCUGACAGUUACAGAAAAGGUUAAAAACCUUCGAAGACUUGAAGCUCAGAGAAAUGAAUUAAAUGCUAAAGGUAAUCUUUUAUUGCCACAUCACAACAUUACUUUAAUUAAGAUAUAUUGCUUUAAUAUAGUUUAAAAUAAUUUUCAUAUUUCAUCCAGUGCGUAUGUUACGAGAGGAAUUACAGUUAUUGCAAGAACAAGGAUCGUAUGUGGGAGAAGUUGUGAAACCAAUGGAUAAAAAGAAAGUUCUUGUUAAAGU